AUGAUUAGAAUAAUUACACCUACCAAGUCAACAUUCUUUGCAAAGUAUCUGGUCUCGGCCCGUCUCUUCUCUUCGGCCUCUGCCCUCUACUACCACUCCAAGGUCACCUCUGUCAAGGAGGCUGUCGCUGGUAUCAAGCCCGGCUCCACCAUUCUUUCCGGCGGCUUUGGUCUCUCCGGUGUUUCCGACACCGUCAUCAAUGAGCUUAAGAACCACCCUGAAAUCAACAACCUCACUGCUGUUUCUAACAAUGCUGGUGUCGACGGCCGUGGUCUUUCUCAACUUCUCGAGACUGGCCAGAUUGUCAAGAUGAUUUCGUCCUACAUUGGUGGCAACAAAUACUUUGAAGCCAAGUAUCUUAAGGGUGAAAUCGACCUCGAGCUUACCCCUCAGGGUACCAUUGCGGAGCGUGUUCGUGCCGGAGGCGCUGGUGUUCCUGCCUUUUACACUUCUGCUGGUGUCGGUACCUGGAUCGAGCAAGGAGAGCUUCCUGUCAGAUAUGCACCUGGUGGCGGUGAGGUCAUCAAGAAGUCUUCCCCACGUGAAGUUCGUGAGUUCAAUGGCCGCAAAUAUGUCUUGGAAGAGGCUAUUGUUGGUGACGUUGCCCUUGUCAAGGCUUACAAGGCCGACAAAGUUGGCAAUGUUUGGUUCCGUGGUGCUUCUCGCAACUUCAACAGCGCUAUGGCCCGUGCUGGUAAAUAUACCAUUGUUGAAGCGGAGCACAUUGUUGAGCCUGGUGAGAUCCCCGCUGAGGAUGUUCACGUUCCUGGCAUCUAUGUCGAUAAGGUUGUCCAGUCUACUACCCCUAAAGACAUUGAGAUUUACAAGUUUGCCGUUGCUGAGGGUGAAAAGAGUGCUGAAGACAAGCCCCGCAAAGACAGCGAAAUUCGCCGUGAGAGAAUUGUGAAGCGUGCAGCCAAGGAGUUUAAGGACGGGUACUUUGUCAAUCUUGGUAUUGGUAUCCCCACAUUGAUUCCCAAUUACCUUGCCGAGGGCGUCCACGUGACUCUGCAAUCUGAGAAUGGUAUUCUUGGUCUUGGUCCCUACCCCCAGCCUGGUGAGGAGGACCCAGAUUUUAUUAAUGCUGGUAAGGAGACUGUCACUCUUGCUCCUGGUGCCUCACUUUUUGGCUCCGAGGAGUCCUUUGGCAUGAUUCGUGCUGGUAAGAUUGAUGUCACUGUUCUCGGAGCCAUGCAGGUUUCACAGUAUGGUGAUUUGGCCAAUUGGGCUCUCCCCAACAUGGUCAAGGGCAUGGGCGGUGCUAUGGAUCUUGUUUCUAACCCAGCUGCGACCAAGGUCAUUGUUGUCAUAGACCACACUGACAAAAAGGGACGUGCUAAGAUUCUUGAAGAGUGCAAGUUCCCUCUGACUGGUGCCAAGUGUGUUUCUAAGCUUAUCACCGAGCUGGCUGUCUUUGACGUUUCUCCCACUGAGGGUCUGACUUUGAUUGAGAUUCUCGAUGGCUGGACUCCUGAGAAGCUUCAAGAGAUCACUGAUGCUAAGUUUAAGAUUUCUCAUGAUCUCAAGCCUUAUGAUGCUUAG